GUGCUGCGUGUGUUGGGGGCGUAGGUUUAGAAUUAGUGCGGGACUGUGGAGCCCUGUGCCGCCCUCAGCGCGUGGUGUCUUGACAUUGCCGGCUGUGCCUUGUUUUCCGCCUUGUUGGGAAGAGGAAAGCCGAGGAGAGGCUCUGUGGGGGUCGAGCUGGGGGCUCGGAAGGAGGAAGCGUAGCCGAGGGCUCUAGAGCGCCCGAAGGCCGGGUAGCGGCGGCGAAGAGGGGAGCAGCCGACAAGGGAGGCCCCCGGACUGGGGCGGCCCCGCGAUGCUGCGGACCCGGUGCCUGCUCCGAGCCCUGCGCUUCUGUUCCUCGGCUCCCUGCCCGAGGCACAAGCCCUCCGGCACAUUGAGCGUGCGGGACGCACUGAGGGCCCAGCACACGAGUGGGGAGCGCGUUAAGGUCCAGGGGUGGAUUCGUUCAGUCCGAUCCCAAAAAGAGGUCUUGUUUCUGCAUAUAAAUGAUGGGUCAUCUUUAGAAAGUCUUCAAAUUGUUGCAGAUGCAAGCUUUGAUUGUAGAGAAUUGGCUUUUGGGAGUUCUGUGGAAGUCCAAGGACAGCUGGUAAAAAGCCCUUCCAAAAGGCAAAAUGUGGAACUGAAGGCAGAAAACAUCACAGUUAUUGGAAAUUGUGAUGCCAAGGCUUUCCCUAUCAAAUAUAAAGAGAGGCAUCCUCUGGAGUACUUGAGGCAAUACCCUCACCUGAGGUGUAGGACUAAUGUUCUGGGUUCCAUACUGAGAGUUCGCAGUGAAGCCACAGCUGCUAUUCAUUCCUUCUUUAAGGACCGAGGAUUUGUGCAUAUUCAUACCCCAGUAAUCACAUCCAAUGACUGUGAGGGGGCUGGAGAACUUUUUCAAGUUGAACCUUCAAGCAAAAUAAAGGCACCUGAGGGGAAUUUCUUCGAUGUUCCUGCUUUCUUAACUGUUUCUGGACAACUUCAUCUAGAAGUGAUGUCAGGCGCUUUCACUCAGGUGUUCACCUUUGGCCCAACAUUCCGAGCUGAGAAUUCUCAGAGCCGGAGACACCUGGCAGAGUUCUAUAUGGUGGAAGCAGAGAUUUCUUUUAUUGAGAAUCUUCAAGAUCUCACACAGAUUAUGGAGGACCUCUUUAAGUCUACAACAAUGAUGGUGCUCUCAAACUGUCCUGAAGAUGUUGAACUCUGUCACAAAUUCUUAGCACCUGGCCAAAAGGACAGAUUAGAACAUAUGCUAAAAAACAACUUCUUAAUAAUUUCUUAUACCGAAGCAGUGGAAAUCUUAAAGAAAGCAUCCCAGAAUUUUACCUUCACCCCAGAGGUACUAAUGUGUGUGGGCAUGGGGGCUGAAAAUUGGGGUGCAGAUCUGCAAACUGAACAUGAGAAGUACCUGGUGGAGCACUGUGGCAACAUACCUGUCUUCGUCAUCAAUUACCCGUUGGCACUCAAGCCUUUCUACAUGAGGGAUAAUGAAGAUGGCCCUCAGCACACAGUUGCUGCUGUUGAUCUUCUGGUUCCUAGAGUUGGGGAACUCUUUGGAGGAAGCCUCAGAGAGGAACGGUACCAUUUCUUAGAGCAGCAGUUGGCCAGAUCAGGCCUUACAGAAGCCUACCAGUGGUAUCUGGACCUUCGUCGAUUUGGAUCUGUGCCACAUGGAGGUUUUGGGAUGGGAUUUGAACGCUACCUGCAGUGCAUCUUGGGAGUUGACAAUAUCAAAGACGUUAUCCCCUUUCCAAGAUUUACUCACUCAUGCCUUUUGUAGCUGGGAGAUUAGUUAAGGAAAAGCACCGCACGGCCAACUCACCACACAUGAAGACAGGAGAAUGUGUGUUGUGGGGUUUUUGGGAUGUAGAUUUCAACAUAUCUCUGUAAGAAAUAACAUGAAAAAUAUAUGUAAUCAUGAUUUUCUUAGCAAGUCAAGCACAUUUCAUGGAAAGAUAAACUCCCUCAAGAAGAGAUAUUUAUAGCAAGUGAACCCUCAAAUCUGUUACCUUCGUUAAGAGGAAAUUGAGAAGCUGAACUAGAUCAUCUCAAAUAUUCUUUCAAAUUCUAAGACAGAAUGGGAGUCUUUUACCUUGUGACCACUUUUUUUUUACAUUAGAUCACUUGCCUAUGUAACUUUUGAGAUCCAACUAGUAAAUAAAAUUAAAUGUUGUAUUUUUUUCU